AUGGAGACGCAUGGUGAAAUAAGGGUAUCAAAGUUCAAGAGGGUUUGUGUCUUUUGUGGGAGUAGUCAUGGCAAGAAAACUAGUUAUCAAGAUGCUGCCAUUCAACUUGGAAACGAAUUGGUGUCAAGAAAUAUUGAUCUUGUUUAUGGAGGAGGAAGCAUUGGUUUAAUGGGUUUGGUUUCACAAGCUGUUCAUGAUGGUGGUAGACAUGUCAUAGGAGUUAUUCCCAAGACACUUAUGCCUAGAGAGCUAACUGGUGAAACCGUGGGAGAAGUAAAGGCUGUAGCAGAUAUGCAUCAAAGGAAGGCUGAGAUGGCUAAGCACUCAGAUGCUUUUAUUGCCUUACCAGGUGGGUAUGGAACUCUAGAAGAGCUUCUUGAAGUCAUAACUUGGGCUCAACUCGGGAUUCACGACAAACCGGUGGGAUUAGUAAAUGUCGAUGGAUACUUUAACUCGUUACUGUCAUUCAUUGACAAAGCUGUGGAAGAGGGAUUUAUAAGUCCAAACGCGCGUCAUAUAAUUGUAUCAGCAUCUACAUCGAAAGAGUUAGUGAAGAAAUUGGAGGAUUAUGUUCCUUGUCACGAAGGCGUUGCUUCGAAGUUGAGCUGGCAGAUGGAACAACAGCUAGCUUAUCCUGAAGAGUAUAACAUCGCAAGGUAG